ACGUCGCUGCUCGCUCAGCCCCGGUGCGGGCGCCGCCGCCGCUGCCGCUGCCCUCGCCCGGCUGCUCGCAGCCUCCGCGGCCCCCAGCCCAUGGCAAAGUCCUGGGGACGCGCAGAAAGCACCAGCCUCCGGACUCUGCCUGCACUUCCUGCUCCACCAGAUGACGCGCUGCCGCCGCCGCUAUUUAUUUGUGGUUUCCGUCCCGCUCCGCGCCUUUGCACGCUUUUCUCCGGGUGUCAGGGGGUAGGUGGGAGCAGAGGGAGGCCGAGGGGCAGGCGGGACGGGCGGAUCUCGGCUCCCGCCGAGCUCCUCUGCCGUCCGCGCUCCCCUGUGCGCGGCCGGGACCAGGGAGUCCUGGCAGCCCCGAGGCGCCCCGCCAGCUCCCGCACCCUCUCCUGGGCUCCCGCCUCUCCCGCCGCACUUCGAGUAGACCGGGCAGAGGCGGCGGGAGACGGACAGACAGAGCGACCUCCCCCUUCUCCCUCCGCCCCAACUCCGCUCGCGCACACACAAAGGAAGAAGAGGAGACGCGGACGCUCGGGGGCUGGUUCGGCUGCUGCGGGCUUGACAGCUCCCGCCACUGGGGCUGGAGGGGGAGGCUGCGGACUGCUGGACAGGCGGAGACGAGACGGGGGACCGGGUCCCCGGGGUGCUAGGGAGGCCGGCGCCGGGCGUGGGGCGAGCGCGGCUGCCGCGCGCAGCGCUGCUCCUAGGGUUUGAAGAGGAUGGGGAGGGAGGGUGUGGGGGAAGGUGGUGGGGCUCGCCGCGCCCCGCCGGGCUCUGGAGCAGCGAGACAGUGGGGGUGGGGGAUCCAGAGGGCGAAGGCGGGAUCACUAGGGCCACGGUGCUAGGCAGAAGGGAACCUGGGAUGACAGAGCCACUGUAGAGCGCUCCUUCCACUCCUCUCCAAAUUGUCCUUUGUUGCUGUGGAGCUGACGGUCCCUGCCCUGCAAGAAGGUGCGUUUCCUAAAACACCCGGGAAGCCAACCCAGCUACACUUAAGUAACCCAGCCACGGACAGUGCCCGACGCGUCCGUGGGCCUCUGAGGUUGGCCUUCAAAGAAAUAGAGCCGUCCAAACGUGUCAUCAGGCCCACACAAAGCCGGGUGUCAAAGAGAAAGAGGUUCUCUGUGCCUUGCAAAAAAGAUUCUCACAAAAGACUUAAGACUUGGCAGCAGGUCGGACUGUGCCCUUUCAGGAUAGGAACUGCUCAGGUGUGUGAGAGAAAGAGACUCGAGCACAAGGUGUGUCCCUUCCCCCUGUAUUUACACCUAAAUUAAUUUCACUGGGAGGAAAUACCAUGCAGAUUUUUUUAAAGUCGGUUUCACGCUCCCAGCGGGCUAAUCGGUUCUUUCAAUCCUAAAGCAACAGAAAACUGUGAAAUUUGAAGAGAAAUUGUUAGAUCAAAGGAAAAAGCAAACAUUAAAGGAAUGAAAAUACUCUCAUUAUGUAGCAAAAAUGGAAAGUGUUCACAUUGGGGUAGUUCAACUUUUUAAAACAUGGUUAAAAGAACAUAGUCAAUUUAAAAAUUAUCAGGAGUGACACAGAACAGCAGCUAGGCCCUGGGGAUCCACAUCAACCAAGCACCUAACAUACAGUGAAUAAUGAAUGUUAAAUAAUCACAGUACACACCCACGCCAUAUUUUCUAGUUGAUUAGAACUUAAAAAAAAAAAAUCCUUCCAGGAUACUAUCCCAGUGUGUCUUCUCAUUAAGGUCCAUUUUAAAAAAAUACACCUUGCUAAAUUGUUACAGGAGUGUGAGCACUCUUCAGUCACAUGAUACUGUAUCUUCCUACCCCUCAACUGUAUGGACCUUGAAACAGCCCUGGCUGGUCUAAGGAGACCCAAGCGCCCCCAUUUUCCCAGCCCCCUACCACUAUCCUUCAUUUUGUAGACUGCACGAAAUGAUGCAGUUCCUAAUCUGGAGCCUUCAGGGACACGUGACUCAUCACACACUUGGCUUGUUGAUCAGAUCAGAAGGAAUUUACUGUUUCCCCAGAGUUCUUCUGAUAGAAAACAGCACUUACUUGUUUGACUAGUAAUCUAUGUACCCCGCCCCCCCCCAGAUCUUUAGAUGGUGGACUGACUUGGCUAUGUCGCCCGGUAGAAUUUUACCAUCUGGGCUUUGAAGACAACUGGGUUCAAACUCUGGUUCUGUCACUUAGCUGUGAACUUGAGCAAAUUACUUAGACCUACUGAGCCUCAGUUUCUACACCUGCCACAAAAAUCUGAUAACACAGGAUGCUGUGAAGAUUAAAUAAGAUGCUAUGUGGAAAGCUGCAGUGUACCUGGCAUGAAGUUUGUGUUCCAAAGUGAUUGUAAGUUGCUCACUUUAAGGAAGGAAUGUAUAGUUUGAAAAAUUUUUGCUUUCUUCACUGCAUCUGGAGAUAACUAAUCAACUAUGACCUGUUCUACUAGGGGGAAAUGUCUUAUCUUCAAACCUAUGGCUUAUAUUUCUUGUCCCAAAUUGUGCAAUAGGGUAACAGGUUUCAUUAUUCAUCUCUGAAAUUUCACAAAAGGACAACAGAUUCUGUUUCUGCAGUUUGGAUACUCAUAUUUGCCUUCAUAGAGUUUUAACUGGAGAAAGUAAAGCAUGGCUCUGUGAGGCAGAUUAUUUUUAUUGUCCUAAAUUGACAGAUGAAGGGACAGGGGGUAUUUGCUGUGAAGGCACCACCUGAAGGCCCUGUGCUGUACAGAAGUAGAAAAAAGCUGAGACUCAUGUUUUCCUGGAUCCUGGGGCCAGAAGAGGGAUACAAGGCCAACAAACGCUUGCUGAACAGAGAUGUGCUGGUGGGGGAGGCCCAGUCUGUCGGUAGGAUAUGAGCUAUAACUUUGACACCCAUUAUUUUGAAUACCAAACAGAAAGCUCCAGGUUCAGAACUAAAAUCUGAAAGUUGAUUGAUCAUCUGGAUUGAUAAAGCCAUAAUCAAUGGAGAAAACUCAACAUGAAUAAUCAUUCACUGUCAUCCUUCUUAGAUUCAGGAGCCUGAAGGCUGGCUGCUCCUUGCAAAAAUGUUUAGUAUCAGUAAGUUAUCAGGACAUGCUAGAAAUAAAAUGCUAACGUCCCUCUUUGGUAGGCUCAGGGAUAUGUUUGUGGACCUUCUAAAGUAUUUCUCCAAAUGGAACAAUGAAAAAGUUAUCAUCUAUUUUAUUCAUUUAUGUGUUGCCUUAAUUCUAGGUAAUACCUAUUUGCCAGUGGAAAGGAGAAUAUUGGUGCUACAGAAAUCUUAAGUGUUUGGAAAGUAGAAUUUUAAAAGACAUUUCUGCCUUUUUCUUCAAAUAUUAAAAGACUUAUGGGAUAAAAGGAGUCUUGUGGAUAAUGUGGUCUUCUUAAGAAUAAAAAUUAUUAUUUUGUUUUAA